AUGGAAGUGCUCGGAGCCGCUGCCGCCGUCUCGCAAUUUCUGAUACAGCUCAUUGCUACUGUGGGACUAGCAAAGAAGUUAAAAGGGUCCUCCAAGUCCCUCAAGCAGUAUCAGGAGCGACUGAAUAGCCUCAAGGACCUCUGCGAAGACAUUCGCAGCAACCCUGCUUUACGGACUGAGGAGGUCCGAAAGGAGACCCAAUCCAUUCUCCACAUCAUUGACACCCAUAAAAACGCGUCCAUUUUGUCAAAGAAAGGACGUUUUCGUCGAGCCAUCGCCUUUAUUAUCAACGAGCAAUCAUUCAGGGACCUGUUCGCUACCCUUGAAGACAAAAAGACCACCUUGUCGCUUCAUGUGCUGAGCAUCAAUUGCACGGCACUGCAUGAUAUCAAUCUCCUCAUCGCAUCAAUGGGCCCCAUUCCUGACAGUCACAACGAACUGACUCCUCCGCACUCGCCGACACCAUCCGAAAUGUCCUAUCUAAAUUGCCAAGCAGGGGAUAACGUUGAUCAACACAACGGACCGACCGUGAGAGGCGUAAUGCUCACGCCCACCUAUCAAGUUGAAGGAACCAAGAUGGAAUAUCGCGGAAGCAAGAAGACGAAACGUGGUGACCAGAUAGCUGGACUCACCUGGGAGCUUCCUCCACAGCCAAACCCAAGGGUUGACUUCAUUCCUGUGGUAUCGGCUGUUUGGGAGGGACUCAAGCACGAGGGGGUGGCAAAUGCCCAGAGACCGGGAGCUCGAGCUGGCGAGCAGCUACUGGGGACGGUGAUCACCGUGAAGAAGGACUCGCAGCAAAGACGCAACUCACGACAGUGA